AUGGUCUCCAUGACCUUGGGGCCUCUCACUGAAGACGGCUGGAAGCCUAGCUGGAGUGACCACCUUUUUGCAGACAUCUCCAUACCCCUACCUUCGGAAUGGAGUAUUAUCAUCCUCUCACCUCCUCCUUCUCCACCAUAUGAACCUCCAGCCAAAUGUCUUAAAAUUUUCAUUGACAACGGUAAGACCGUUAUCAAUCUUAACCCCGAGCCUAGCCCUACUUCCAGUCCUACCCCUGCUCCUGAGUUAAAAGAUGUCGAGGUUAUCAAGUCUUCCAUUAUACCAGCAUCUCGCCACCUCCCACAGAUUCGAGCACCUCCUCCCGACGAAGCCGAACCCUCUAUCCGACGCCCUUCAUCACCACCACCUGCUUCUCGAUCGCCCCCGCCCACUAUCGGUUGGAUUGACAGCGACCCGGACGACCUACCGCUCUCUCCUCACCCUCAACCAGCAAAUGACUCUUACGACUCCGACGGAAUAGAGUCUAACCCCAGCGAGGAUUCCUUUCCAUCAGAGUUUUCUUUGUAG